AUGAGGAGGAAACGAUACAGGCAUCCGCUUCUGAUCAUUCAUCCUUUCGUCGUCUCAUUUAUUUUCAUUUGCAACGUUUCAUCAUUCAGCUUUCACUUUUUUCAAGAAAAAAAAGAUGAUUUUUUCGUUUUCUUAUUUGGCUUUACUUUAUUUCCUUUUUCUUUCUUUUUUAUUUCAUUUCUUUCUUUCUUUCUCUCUUUCCUUUUUCUUUCUUUGAAUUUUCUUUCUUUUUUAUUUCAUUUUUUCUUUCUUUCUUUCUUUCUUUUUUCUUUCUUUGAAUUUUCUUUCUUUUUUUCAUUUCUUUCUUUCUUUCCUUUUUUCUUUGAAUUUUCUUUCUUUUUUUCUUUUUAUUUUCUUUCUUUUCUUUUUCCUUUUCUUUUUUCUUUCUUUUUCUUUCUUUUCUUUCUUUCUCUCUUUCCUUUUUCUUUCUUUUUUUCAAUUUUUAUUUUUCUUUUUAAUUUCUUUUUCUUUCUUUGCAUUUUCUCUUUUUGGUUUUUUUUAAUAUUUUCUUUCUUGUUUCCUUUUUUUCCUUUUCAUUUUUUUUCAUUUUCUUUCUUUUUUUUUUUUUUCCUUUUUUUUCUUUUUCUUUCUUUUUUCUUUUUGUUUUCUUUUCUUUUUUAUCUUUUUUUUUUCUUCUAUUUUUCUUUCUUUUUUUUUUUUCUUUUUGUAUGUUUUCUUUCUUUCCUUUUUCUUUCUUUUUCCCUUUUUUCUUUUUUCUUUUUUAAUUUCUCUUUUCUUCCUCUCUUUUCUUUUUUUCUUUCUUUCGUCUUUUUCUCUUUUCUUUUUUUCCCUUUCUUUUUUUCUUCUUUUUUUCUUUUCUUUUCUUUCUUUUUUUCUUUUUUUUUUUUUUUGUUUCUUUUCUUUCUUUUUUCUUUCCCUUUUCCUUUCUUUUCUUUUCUCUACUUUCUUUCUUUUUGCUUUCUUUCGUUUUUCUUUUUUUUCUUUUUCUUUCUUUUUCUUUACUGUUUUCUUUUCUUUUUUAUAUUUCUUUCUUUUUUCUAUCGAUUUUUCUUUUCUUUUUUCUUUCUUUUUUCUUUCUUUUUUCUUUUCUUUCUUCUUUUCUUUCUUUUUUCUUUUUCUUUUGUGUGUUUUCUUUCUUUUUCUUUUCUUUCCUUUUUCUUUCUUUUCCCUUUUCUUCCUAUUUUUCUUUUCUUUUAUCUUUCUUUUUUCUCUUCUUCUUCCUCUCUUUCUUUUUCUUUUCUUUCUUUCGUCUUUAUUGUCUUCUUUUCUUUUUUCUCCCUUUUCUUUCUUUUUCUUUUUUCUUCUUUUCUUCUUUUCUUUUCUUUCUUUUUUCUUUUCUUUCUUUUUCUUUUUUUCUUUUUGUUUCUUUCUUUUUUUUUUUCUUUUCUAUUUUCUUUCUUUUCUUUUUUCAUUUUUUCUUUUUCUUUCUUCCUAUUUUUUCUUUUUUUUUUCUUUUUUUUUCUUUUUUCUUUUCUUUUUUUUUCUUUUUUUGUUUUACUUCUUCUUUUUUUUUUUUUUCUCCCUUUUUUUUCAUCUUUUUUUCUCUUUUUUUUUUUUUUCUUUUUUUUUUUUUCUUUUCUUUUUUUUCUUUUCUUUCUUUUUCUUUUUUUCUUUUUCUUUUGUUUUCUUUCUUUUUCUUUUCUUUCCUUUUUCUUUCUUUUCCCUUUUCUUCCUAUUUUUCUUUUCUUUUAUCUUUAUUUUUUCUCUUCUUCUUCCUCUCUUUCUUUUUCUUUUCUUUCUUUUGUCUUUACUGUCUUCUUUUCUUUUUUUCUCCCUUUCUUUCUUUCUUUUUUCUUUUCUUUCUUCUUUUCUUUCUUUUUUCUUUCUUUUACACUUCACCUCUAUUUAUUACAGUUUGCAUAUUAA